UCCUUCUCCACAGCCGCCUACAACACUCUGACCUACCAUCUUGCAGUCACGCUGUCUGGUCUGGCUGCGCCAAUCGCCGCCCUCCUAACCACCAUAGUCUACGACUAUGAACAGUUUGGUCUCUGUGCACGUGCCCUUUUCGCGCGCUGUCUACCCUCCCGCCGCGACGAGCCCUCUAUCCCUGGCUCCUCUCUGGCCUCGACUUCUGCCGAAGCCCUCGACAAAGAGGACGACGUGUCACAGGGCUCUCCCGAGCCGCAAAACACCACCUUCAUCUGCCGUUGUCUCAUCCUGAUAGCCGUGGUCUCCUCCGUUCCCACCGCCUACAUUCUUUAUCUGGCUGCCUCCAGUCCGUCUCCGCCACACCUCGGUGGGUUUGGACCUGCGCUCGCGAUAAUCGCAUGGAUCCUCACAACGGCCGGCUUUACAGUGCAGAAGACGUGGAUAACCCUGUUUCUAGUGAAGUUUGGGAAUCAGCGAAUCCUUCGCACCCUGGGCAUCGCAACACAAACCGGCUCAGUGAUUGGUGCCCUCAUUAGUUUCCUCCUGACCGCUCAGUUCAAUCUCCUAAUCUCUAAGACACCUUGCUCUCAAUAA